AUGUUAUUCAAUAUUCUCAUAAUUUGUGGUAUUUUACAUGCAACCAAUGGACAGAGCUGUACGAUGGACAAUGGGAGAGUGUUAUCCCCCGGUGAAGAAGUUCGACUGCCCAACUUUCCGUGUGCAAUUUGUCGAUGUGAUCCAAAUACACGUGAAGUUGUCUGUGAAACAGAGACUUGUCCAACUUUACAAUGUGGAGAAGAUGAAGGACAACUUUUAGAACCUGGUCAAUGUUGUCCAGAAUGUGUUGGUAAGGCUCGUACGGAACCUGCGAUGCCACCGGCUACGCCGCGCACAUACACAGAUGAUUCUAGACCAGAAAGAACUCCGAGACCAACUGCAGAACCCCCAUAUACUCUACCUCCAUUACCACCACCGUUGCCUGACGGGCCACCAGGACUUAGAGGGCCUAUUGGUCCUCCUGGACCUCCUGGCCCCCCUGGUGAUCCUGGUUUUGAUGGAGAAAAUGGACUGCCUGGUAUGCCAGGCCUUCCUGGACCGCCACCACAAGAUGUUGACGAGUACAUGCAACGUUCUAGGGCAAUGGUCAAAGGUCCAGUUGGAGAGAAUGUAACCAUGUAUCAAGAUAUCCGGGUGACAAUGGGGCCUCCCGGUGAACCAGGACCACCUGGAUUUCCAGGUGUUAUUGGUGCACCUGGGCCAAUAGGUCAAAGUGGAGUUAUUGGAGAUCCUGGGCCUUCAGGAAAUCCUGGAUCUAGAGGGCAUCCGGGGCCUGCAGGAAAUGAUGGGAAGGCUGGACCAGUAGGUAGACCUGGACUGAAAGGUGCAAGAGGACCACGUGGAACACCUGGAAUCAUGGGUGAAGCUGGACUUCCAGGAGCAAUGGGUUUGCGUGGAGAACACGGAGAACGUGGUGAUGAAGGCAUCAAGGGAAUGGCAGGUGAUUAUGGUCCAAAGGGACUUCCAGGGCCUGUGGGACCAAAAGGUUCAAUCGGCCUACAAGGCCAGCGUGGUGAACCAGGACCCCGAGGAUUUAUGGGUAUGUCAGGACCUAUGGGAGUUGAUGGGACAGAUGGUGUCCCAGGAGCCCCUGGGGAUCCUGGAGCACCGGGUCCCCAAGGUGCUCCUGGAUUGCAAGGCCCAGAAGGACCAAAAGGCCAGCCUGGUCUUCCUGGACCAAAAGGUGAAGUUGGUUUUCCGGGAUCACGUGGAGAUCGAGGUGCACCUGGACCAUCUGGAAAUCCUGGAAAACAAGGCGCCUAUGGACCCGCUGGAGCUAUUGGUAAUAAAGGAGAACCAGGAGAUCGAGGUCACCCAGGAAAACCUGGUAUGAUGGGAAUCAGGGGCUUUUCUGGUGGAGAAGGAGAAGUAGGUCUCAUUGGUGCAAAAGGACCAGAAGGUUCAGUAGGAUUGCAAGGCUCUCAAGGCUUACCUGGUCCGGAAGGUAUAAAAGGUCGUCGCGGUGAACGUGGUCCAGCCGGUCCGGUAGGAGAGCAAGGAAGCAGAGGGAUACGUGGUUCUGCCGGGCCGCCUGGUGCCCAGGGACAUGAAGGCAGUAGAGGUCUUCCUGGUCUGCGCGGCCCUCCAGGACCAGAAGGUCCACCAGGUGCAAUCGGGCCAGCGGGAGCUCCUGGCCUGACCGGUUCAAUUGGUGAGAAGGGAGCACAGGGAGAUAUAGGACCAAGUGGACUUAGAGGUUCGACAGGCCCUCGUGGUUCCGUUGGAAAUCGUGGACAACCUGGGCCAACUGGUGAACCUGGUCCAAAGGGUCCUCUUGGAACCAUUGGUCGACCUGGUAUUUCUGGAUCACCAGGGAUUCCUGGCCCACAAGGCCCGCAAGGAGGACAAGGCCUACGUGGUCUGCCUGGAUCAAUGGGCAAGACUGGCGACCCGGGAGCAGUUGGAUCAAGAGGUCCUCGAGGUGACAGAGGGUCACGUGGUGAGCCCGGACCUCCAGGUCCAUUUGGACCAUCCGGAGAAAAAGGCCAGAGAGGACAACCUGGUAAACGUGGUCCUAUGGGAGCAGAAGGUCGAGUUGGCCCAGAGGGUUCACCAGGAACACCUGGAAAACCAGGUGACCCUGGACCAGUUGGAGAGCCUGGACAAACUGGUCCACCUGGACCUCCGGGAGAACGUGGAGCUCCUGGUCAAAUCGGUCCACCAGGGCCACCUGGGAAAGCUGGAGAGAAAGGAGCUACAGGUCCAGUUGGGCGUGAUGGCCCUAAGGGUGAAAGAGGAGAAAAAGGUGAAACUGGAGACAGUGGAACUACUGGAGUACCUGGACUAGCCGGCAAUACAGGUAUACGAGGCGAAAGAGGCGAAAAGGGUGACAGGGGCCCCACUGGGCCACGAGGAGAGCCAGGACCGAUAGGCGUUCCAGGACAAAGAGGAGCAGAUGGACCAAUGGGACACCCUGGACCACAAGGUCGUACUGGCAAUAAGGGAAUACAAGGAAUCCGAGGCUAUCAGGGUGAUAAAGGGUCACCUGGAGAUCAGGGACCACAAGGCAUUCCUGGUGAUGUAGGCAUUCCAGGACCACCAGGGCCGCCUGGCUCUGUUGGAAUGAAGGGUUUGAAGGGGGAGAUGGGUCCCCGCGGACCCCGUGGUGAAGCUGGAAAUAUGGGACAAAAAGGAGUUCAAGGGCCACCUGGACCUAAAGGGUUACCAGGCUUACCAGGUCAUCAGGGUGAUAGAGGGCAACCUGGUGUACAAGGUGACCAAGGACCAGAGGGUCCUCUUGGAGAACCAGGUCCCCAAGGGCCACCAGGAGAAACCGGUCGACCAGGGCCCCCAGGGCCCGCCGGACAGACUGGACCGAAAGGUGAAGCAGGAGAUCCAGGACCUGAAGGACCUGCCGGUUCAGACGGAAUGCCAGGUCUGCCAGGUCCUGCAGGUGCUAAAGGAGAACGUGGUGAUCCUGGAUUACCGGGUACAGUCGGACCAAUCGGACCUGAUGGUGAUCAAGGGCCUAGUGGAGCCCCUGGGAAAACUGGACCAGCUGGACCACCUGGUAAUAUUGGUAAACCAGGUGAAAUGGGGUCACCAGGAAAUGCUGGUUUACCUGGGAGAACAGGGUUACCUGGACCUCCUGGUAAAGAUGGUCAGAUGGGGAAACAAGGUCCACGUGGUGAAGAGGGUCCUCGGGGACCAGAAGGCAAUCCAGGCAUGCAAGGUCCGCCUGGAUCUUCAGGUGUCAAGGGUCCUCCAGGAAGUAGAGGACCUAUUGGCCCAAGUGGCAUCAGAGGACCACCUGGACUUAUUGGACAGCCUGGACCACCUGGGAAACAAGGAAGUCAAGGGAGACCUGGUAAACCAGGUCCAGAUGGAUUCCAGGGGAAACGUGGUCCUCCAGGUGAUAUAGGUGGACCCGGAGCUCCUGGCAGCAAGGGACCAGUUGGUGAUGAGGGGGAACCUGGAUCAAGAGGUGCAGCUGGAAACAUGGGUCUUACAGGCCCACCUGGUGAUGGUGGCCCUCCGGGACUUCCAGGAAGCCCAGGCUCUCGAGGACCUCAAGGACCAGUGGGUGAAAUUGGUUUAAAAGGUGAAACAGGUCUUCCAGGAAUUCCAGGAUCAAUUGGACAACCUGGACCAAUGGGGCCACCAGGAAUUCAAGGUCCACCGGGUGAACCCGGUCCUCCAGGAAUUGAUGGUCCACCAGGAGCACCUGGUUUACCUGGACCACCAGGAGAAUUUAAGACGGAUUAUACAUCACUAUUUAGUCGUAGAAGAGAUUCCGACAGUGGGCUAAUGCAAGCCGAUGAACCCAGUCCUAGAGGCAGAAGAAUACGACGUUCCUAUGAAUGGAGUGAUGAAGAUUACGAUCCAAGCAAAGAAACUGACCCUAACGAUGAGGAGGAGGAUAUAUUUGAAGCUUUGCGACAAGUUGGUCGACUUGUAAAUAGUUUGAAUAGUGGAAGUGGGACUCAAUUUAAUCCCGCGAGAACAUGUCAUGAUCUAAAGAGAGAUCAUCCAGAGAAAAAAGAUGGUAUUUAUUAUGUGGAUCCAAACGGUGGUCAUUGGAGAGAUGGAAUUAGUGUCUACUGUCGUUUAAGUGGAUUGGAAACUUGUGUAAGCCCAGUUACGGAACAAAUGCCAUCAGUUUAUUUGUCACCACAAUCAAAGGCAAAACAUUUAUGGUAUUCUGAAUACUUAAUGAAAUCGGAGAAUGCUCAAAUUGAAUAUCACAUGCCAAAAGAUCAGUUGGUCUUCCUUCAAUUAUCCAGUGAAGUGGCAAUACAACGAUUGAAAGUGAAUUGUCGAAAUAUGCGAAACAUACUAGAAGAGUUGUCAUUAUUAAGUGACAGUGGUGUACUAAUACAGUUUAAUGAGACUAUACCAUCUUUGUCAAUUGAAAUUGAAGAAAACACAUGCUUGCAUCAACAAAGUGGCAGUCUUCUAUUAACUGUACGCACAAAACAACCAACACUUCUACCUAUUCGUGAUAUUAGAAUAUCAACAAUUAGUUUAUAUGACUCAGAGAUAUCCUUAGAAGUUGGUACAAUCUGUUAUGGUGGUAUGGAUCCAGAACAGUUCAAUAUUUCGGACACAGACGGUGCUCACAACAGUACUGGUGGUAGUAGCAGUAAUAAUAAUAACAAUAAGGAAGAUUCUAAUCAGAAUACUGAAGCUAAUGAGAACAAAUCAAAUUUUGAAACAGUUAAUUCAGAUUUCAAGGAUGUUAGUAGUAACAUAAGAUUAAUGUCUAAAAUGUUUUGA